AUGGUGACUUGUGAAUUGGAUAAGGAUAUUUCUGGCGAGGUUUUAGGUUGGAAGAUCCCGGCAUGGCAGGCGCUGUUGCUGAACAGAGUACUGCCUUCUUGCGGUGGGCUUAUUGUUUAUCUAAUAGUCAUAUGUUUCGACUUAACAUUAAUUGUUGAGCAUUUCCAAAACAAUGACAACGGAUUAGGAGCUAUUUGCAUAAUUCUGAUGAUUUUGCCGUCGAUAGUGUCCACGGUUUUCACCCUUGCCUCUCCCCCACCUGGCUUGGAAACUGAACUAUCUGGAUUCACGAUAAAUAUUGAAAAAAAUGAUGUCAAAUGGAUUGUGAUGCAGGUGGUCAACGCUAUAUUUUUUCCUAUAGCAGCUAUAGGGAGAUAUUGUUUCUUGAUAUUUUGGUGGGUGGAAGCUGUAUGUGGUUCGAGGGCGGGUGACAAAGAAAGAACGCAAGAAGCGAUACAGUUAGCUAGGGCUUCGUCUCCAACAGAACUCUAUCUAUUUCUCCAGUCAUUCAUACAUUCAGCUCCACACGCAAUUAUUAAUAUCUUGUAUCUGAUGUCGAGGUUUAAUGACAUAACGUACGGCAAAGUAUCGGUUCAAUCAAUAAGUAUAAUCGCUGCUUCUCUUCGCAUGGCCAGUACUGCUACAAUUUACAGACGGUUCGAAAGAGAAAAGUUAUGCGGUCGCAAAUAUCCUUGGAGUAAAAAUGUUGAACAGGAUCCUUUAAUUCAUUCAAACGCAAACGUAAUGCAGAAACAAAUACCUGAAGAUCUCUCGGAAAAUAUUUAUGAAGCCGUUCCCAAAAGCGAAACUACAUAUUCUGACUCCAGAAAUCCAGUUAAAACAAACAGCGAUCUAAUACAGUUCUCGCCGAGGAACACUUACGAAUCCAAUUUUUAUGAUGACAUUUCAACAGAUUCACAUCUUAAUUUUGAUUAUAUAUCAUCGGUGCCAUCGUAUGGAUAUUCUCAAUCGUCGUCGGUUGAUAGCGAUGAAGAGUACGUCAAGCCUGUUUCGAUUAUAGACCGGGUGGCACCGAGACGUCGGGGCACAGAAUACAAUAUAGAAAGACUAAAUAUAACUCCACCUCCAAUAAUACCCGCGCCAAGGCCGGGCUCCAUCGCUGUUUGGGCUGAGAAGAUUGUUGAAAAUGCCGAAUCUAUACCAAGCUGGCUCUCCGCUCCACCACGGCGAAAAUACUGCGAAGAAGUGAUCAAAGAAGAGCCCGACAUUCCCCGUAAGCUACCCAUAACAUACAUGCGAGGCUUAGAACCACAAGACACCACUGCCGCCUUGGUUAACUUUUUGGGUUGGUACUCGUUCUUUGUAAGUAGGUUGCUCUCUAUUGCCUGUUUCAUAAGUUUCUUUCCGUUUGUUGCAAUAAUAGUUCUAUUUUCUCACUAUCAGAUAAUGCUGUUAUUCUUGAUAGUUCCUCAGGCGAGUACCGUGAAACGAGGAUUCUACUUGUUCCUAGCGUUUAUCUACUUAUUCUGUUUGAUGGAGUUCAAAAUACGUUUCCGGCACGUGCGCGUGUGGCAUGUGUUUUGGAUUAUCGUGUGUACUACAGAGACGGUUGUAUUCACGGGAGUCUGGGCCUCUAUAGACAAUACGAUGGAGGUUUGGUGGAAAUAUUUUUUAGUAAAAGUGAUUUUUAUUAGUUUGCUAUUGAGUUACAUGUGCUUUUUAGUGUAUUUUGUGUUAUUGCAACCGCGGGAAACUAUUGUUUACUUUAAGAAUAAAAAUAAUAAUAGUACGUAA